AUGAAAUCAGUUGUGGCAAUUCUCUGUGUUCUCUCAUCACUUAUACCACAAGGUUAUUCUCUCUUAUGUGUACAGUGCGUUGGAACUGGCAGUUCAUGUACAGGCAGCAGCGUAACAUGUGGAUCUGGUGAACAAUGUUUGUCAGCAUAUACUGUUACUACGGUUACAGGUGGAGUUGAAACUACAGUUUUUGCCAGAUCAUGCUCUCCAGCAAGUGAAUGUAAUGCUAAAGGAAGUAUCAGCAAUCCAAUUAUGAAAGUCAAAUUUUCAAGCAGUUGUUGUGGUACUGACAAUUGCACUCCAACAGCACCCACUUUACCAACUGGUAGCUCCCAACCAAAUGGACUGACCUGUAGAUCCUGUGUCUCUGCAACCUCUGACUGGUGUUACACUGAGGAUACUAUGUCAUGUACUGGAGAUGAGGACAGGUGUAUUUUGCAGUCUACAAAUUUAGCAGGAACAAAAACAGCAAUCCGGGGUUGUGCUACUAAAAGUAUCUGUGACAGUCUUAGUGUAACAACUACUCAAGGUGUUUCUGUGAAAUGCACCAAUGGAAGUAUGGGUCUACAUAUUGGCAUUUUCUUUCCAGCUUUGCUUUCUCUUCUAAUAAUAAAAAUUAUUUCUUAG